GUAGCAUUUAGAUUUCGCAACUGGACCCCGAUAGCCUCGUCCUGAACCUGUCUUUGCAGCCGCCGCUUUGGCGAGGACGCUACCGCAUUGUGACUUCACAACCCACCGUCUAAGGCGUUGGCUAGUCUCGUUUCGCUUUUCAACGUCCUCUCUACCUCCCUGUCGGUAUCAACAUCCAACCCCUUUUGUCUGCUUGAGCGAGUCCUGUCCCCCACAGCGAAGGUGUUUCUGUACGGCGACACAUCGGGCACUCCCCAUACUAUGGACGUUUCUCCUCAUCAAGUUGUCACGGAUCUGACCGUAUGGAUAUCUCCAACAACCUCUCCCUCCUCUUGCAAACUGGACCCGCGAAAAUGGCACCUCAUGGAGAAAGAUCUCUACCUGUAUACAUCCCAGCAAAGUACAUGGCUGUAUGUAGCGCUAGCGAAUGAGGAAAACCUUGAAGCUGAGGACCUACUGGUUAUGGAUAUCAGAGUCGGCGAUCCGCCUCCCAACCAUAGCUCAGGUCGUUCAUGGGAGAGUCGACCUGGCGGAAUCUGGGUGUUAAGAAGCAUGUUCUCUCGCAUAAAUGGCAAGUAUGUCACAGAGGUGGACGUUCUUUUUGGCAAGGAUGCCGUUGACCCGCGACCACAAUGGGCUCUCAUGCCAUCAUCCCUCCAACUUGGUCAGCCAAAGGUACCGGUGGCAAGACUUAGCAUACUCCACGGCAGGGUCAGGCCGAAAGCAGAUGAUCGGCCGGUUUUAAGGGUAAGGGAAGAUGGCAAAUUCAAGAUUGUCCAGAUCUCUGACACGCACAUGGUCACCGGUGUCGGGGUAUGCAGAGAUGCUAUUGAUGCCGAUGGAAAAGAUUUGCCAGAAAUCGAGGCUGACCCACUUACGGUUGACUUCAUUUCAAGGACCUUGGACGUCGACAAACCGGACUUUGUGAUCCUUACUGGAGAUCAGUUGCACCACGACAUCCCCGACAGCAAAUCUGCGCUCUUCAAGGUGGUUGCUCCUAUCAUCGAGCGUUCAAUCCCAUUCGCAGCCGUCUUUGGCAAUCAUGAUAGUGAGGGCACUCACGCAUUAUCACGCACGGAACAAAUGUCAAUACUUCAGAAUCUGCCUUUCAGCCUCUGCGAACCAGGCCCAGAGCAUGUUGACGGCAUUGGCAACUUCUGCCUCCAGGUCCUGGCUCCCGCACCAUCACAGAUCCCGGUAUCGACUUUAUAUUUCCUGGACUCGCACGGUGAAAUUUCAAGCAAGAUACGCACACCCGAUUAUGACCCUAUCAAGCAAAGCCAAAUUGACUGGUUCACGGACACUUCUCGCGCGCAACGACUAGCGGGUGAGAAGGACGAUAACGAAAACAGCAGCUUUCAUCUGUCUUUAGCUUUCCAGCACAUCCCUCUCCCCGAAUUCCGUGACCCCAAUCUUAGUAUACGCAACGGCCAGCGGAGGGAGCCUUCUGAAAGCCCCAGUCUCAAUUCCCAUUUCUACGACGCUUUGGUAGAAGGAGGCGUGUCAGCAUUGGGCUGCGGGCACGACCACGUGAAUAAUUUUUGCUCUCUUCUGCCACAGCAAACGCCGCAGAAUGGCUCAAGAACCCUUCCCUCUGGCCCCUGGUUGUGCUAUGGAGGUGGUAGUGGGUUUGGGGGAUAUUGUUCGUAUGGCGGAAAGCGAUAUCACCGAGGGACGCGGGUUUGGGAACUCGUUCCAAAUGACGGGAGCUUGAAGACUUGGAGGUGGGUCGAACAUGCCAUGGACAGAGUUGAUGAGCUGGUGCUUGUGGAAGGUGGAGUGGUGGUUGAUUCUCUGGGGAAGAUGAAGACGGAAACGAUGUAGUGAUGCGGGAAACGGCGACAAGACGGCUGUCCCCCUCAGAGGGGAACACUUUGAUGAGGCCUUGAAAGGUUUCACGCCAGUAUCGCUGCGAAACAUGUCCCUUGGAACCUCAACCACAAGGUUGGAUUCCAUUGGCGGCAUGACGGAGACUAGAAGGGUUCUGCUGGAGACACUCGAGUGCCUGACAAGAUAUGCACCGAUUUUCGCCCAAUUCCCCCUUCAGCUCCGGUCCGGCCUUCUUCUAUACGGAUACCUAGGAUGCGGCAAGACUCUUCUUGCGAGCGCUGUUGCUUGCCGGCGAGUGCGGCCUUAACUUUAUCUCCUUUAAGAGUCCUGAGGUUCUAAACAAAUAUAUCG